AUGUCCGAGGGAGCACUAGCUCAUCGUAUUGGGAUUCUUAAGGCUCGCUUAGCUGCAACUUUAACGGGAGAUGUUCCUCGCGUUGCUGAGCGCCCUGAGCCGCCGUCGACUUCCACCGCACCGCAUGAGUCAAAGCGCGCACACGGUCACUUUGAUGGGCUUUUGCGCUUUCUAACACUUGGUACUCGAGAGAAUAACGAGCCCGCAUAUCUAGGCCCAUCUUCGGGACUUCGAUUGUCGAUUCUGUCGCUACGAAUUCACUAA